GAACCCUUGGUGUGCUCCAGCUACCAGUCCUACUUCCGGACCAUCGAGGAGCUCCAGCAGAAGAUCCUGUGCAGCAAGUCUGAGAACGCCAAGCUGGUGAUGCACAUUGACAACGCCAAGCUGGCUGCCGAUGACUUCAGGACCAAGUUCGAUACGGAGAGGUCCCUGCGGCAGCUGGUGGAAUCAGACAUCAAUGGCCUGCGCAGGAUCCUGGAUGAGCUGACCCUGUGCAAGUCUGACCUGGAGGCCCAGGUGGAGUCCCUGAAGGAGGAGCUUCUGAGCCUCAAGCAGAACCAUGAACAG